AUGUCGUCAGAGAAUAUUACACCGACAGUAUCCAUAAACAGUGGAAGGUCGUCAAGAACUAAUUCAACAAAUUGUAUGGAUAGUGACUCUACAAAAGAUAGUGCUAGUGAUUCAUUAAACAGUUUAAUAGAAGAAAAAAUAAAUACAAACUGCGACAAUAGUUGUCUCAACGAAUGCAUAGAUGUGAACUGUUCUCUUGGCAAUCAGUACACUGUGUAUGAAAACGAUUCUGGCAAAGUGUUAAAGAAACGGAGAUCAAUAUGCUGCAAUGCGGCUGGUCAGACGGUGUGGGGCGUUAUUCUCAUCAUUGUGUCGAUCAGCGGUUUCAUAUUUACGCCGUUGGAUUUCAUGCUUUGGGAAAAACUUAAAAUGAGGCCAGGUUUUCCACCCUACGAAUGGUGGGCAGAUCCACCUGAUGAGGUGAAAAUGCGAGUCCAUGUCUUCAAUGUUACUAAUCAUGAACGCUUUCUGAAGGGCUUGGAUAAAAAACUAAAUUUACAAGAAAUUGGUCCUAUAGUUUAUUUAGAGAAACUCCAACACUCCAGUAUCAGAUUUAACGAAAACAAUACGCUGACGUACACGGCCAAAAGAUCACUAAUCUAUUUGCCUGAUGAGAAUGUCCACGAUUUGAAUUCCACCAUCAUCCUUCCUAAUAUAGCUGUCUUGGGCAUGGCAUCUUACCUACAUGACUCCAACUACUUCGUGCGGACAGCUUUUAGACUUUUAGUUAAUACUCAUGGGAGUGAGUUCUUCGUCAAGAAGACGUUGUAUGAGUAUUUGUGGGACUAUAGAGAUCCUGUAUUGGCAACUUCCCGAAACAUAGUCCCUAGCAUAGUUCCCGUGGAUAACAUGGGAUUUUUUGAUAAGAGUUUAUAA